AUGCGGCAGCGCGUGAAAACGACGUUCGCGCUCGUCGUCGCGAUCGCGCUCGCCCUCGGCGUCGCCCGCGUCGACGCGUUCGAGACGCUGACGUCACGAUUGGCUGCCAUGGGCUCAAAGUCGGAUUUUAUGUCGACGUUUACGGACCUCGCGCUGUCCGUCGAACGACGGGUCGACGGAGCGAUCGAGAAGGUUUGGAGCGAGAUCUUGGAGCGAUUCCACCCGUUCGUGAUCGCGGGACCCCUGACGUUCGCGUAUCAUGAGCUGGUGUACUUCGGCGCGUGGAUGCCGUGGUUGGCGAUGGAUCGAUUCGAGUACUUCCAAAAGUGGAAGAUCCAGCGAGAGAAGCGCCCGAGCGCGGAGAUGGUGAUGAAGUGUGUGGUGAAGCUGUUGAAAUCGCACGUGUUCGUGCAGUUGCCGAUGCAGAUGAUGUUUUAUUUCGUGGCGCCUUACUUUGGAUUUUCGCUCGCGCUCGAGGCGCUGCCGAAAUCAAGGGAUUUCUUGUGGCAGAUUCCCGUCUUCUUCGUCAUUGAGGACUUUUAUUUUUACUGGAUUCAUAGAUUCUUGCAUCACAAGCGCGUGUACAAGUACGUGCACAAGGUUCAUCAUGAGCACAAGUAUCCGUUCGGGAUUGCGGCGGAGUAUGCUCAUCCGGUGGAGACCUUCUUCUUAGGCAUCGGUACCUUGCUCGGCCCGCUGUUCUUCGCCAAGCACAUGGUAACCUUGUGGGUGUGGUUAUUUUUCCGUCUCCUCGAGACAGUGGAGGAUCACUCUGGGUACGAUGUGCCGUGGAACCCGACCAAUCUGAUUCCGUUCUGGGGCGGCGCUGUGCACCACGAUUUCCACCACAAGACGUUUGAGGGGCCGUAUUCGAGCGUCUUCACCUGGUGCGACUGGAUGUUUGGCACGGAUAAGGAGUUUAGGGCGCAUCAGGCCAAGCUUCGAGGUGGUAAGGAGUCGUGGGCGUACCCGGCGGUGUUCCGAGGGGCACCAAACGACCAGGCCCUGGCUGAGACGCGCGCCACCACAAAAAAGCUCGACUAG